AUGGCGGCGCGAAUUCCAUCCUUCGAUCUGUAUGAUGAGAUCGCACCUGAGUCCGUGGCCCACAAUCCCUUCAUAGAUUCGUUUUCCUGCCCGGUCCCGCCUUCACCGCGGGAGGCAAAGGGGGAGCCGCUUCAUCGGAGGAUGGCACGUAAUCCCUUCACGGGCUUUAUUCAGCACAGUGUUUGCUCCACAGCGGCGCAGGUCCGAAAGGGUGGUCCUGUGGUGAUCCAGCCCUACAGCCUGUCUGUGGGCUUCGCAGGAACGCCCCCACUGUUGCGCCGCCAGUCCUGCCCAGCAACGGAGGACGUGGAGGUGCUCACAGCAAACCUUGUGGGCAUGGCACCUUCAUUCGCACCCCUGCACCUGACUUGGUCUGAGAUGAAAGAGCAAGCAAGCUUUGGCGAGGAGAUGUGGCACUGA